AUGACUCCAUUACAAGCAUCACCCUACUCACCAGCUAUCACUGAACUUGAGAAUAACCUGUCAGUAGUUUUGGACCAGCUCUUAAGUGGAGGCAUUGGGAGUGGAGGUACGAUAGGGAUAGGCAUCGCCAUUGACAAAAUCAAAAUCAAAGAACGUCUUCGUUGGGAUCCAGCACUUGAUAUGAUUCUGGGAGUUUGUCGUGAGCACGUCGGGAAGUAUGUCUUGGAUUUCCAUUCCAUUGCGCAAGCAGAGGCACUCUAUGAUGCUUUACAGAGCGGGGAGGUGCAUCUAGCUUCGGAGGCUACCGUUAUUGCACUAUACUGCCUUUCCAGUCAUCCAAAGUUAUAUGCUGCCCGGCCGUUCGUGACCUCAGGAACCUGUAAGACAGAGGAUGCCAUAGCGCAUGAAAAAUUGCUACAUCUUGUCUUGGGAGCUGUAAAAAACAAGGUCAAAGGGUCGGGACUUCGAGUCUACUUCAUGUCAAGUGACGGUGAAUCUCGCUGCCACCAAUCUUUCAUUUCCAUGUUCCUUCGCGGAUACCUCUCAUCAUCAGACCCACUAUACAAACUCCUCAACCGACUGCUUCUCUUCAAUCUUGCUUGUGGUGACGAUGGUAUGACUCCAGAUUUUGAUUGGAAGCAUGUCCUAAAACAGUUUCGGAAUGUGCUUCUGCGACUGCUCAGAAUAACAUUAAACAAUGUUACCAUCACUAUACCCAUACUACAACAGCACCUUGAAAGAGACGGAAUGUCUUCUCUAAUCAGUCACUCCCUUCUUGUACCCAAUGAUCAGCAGGAUGUUACGCUCAUGCUACGAUUGCUGAACUCCAUUGGAAACCUCAGCUUUCCGGACAACUCGUUUAGCCCUUCAUUGCGAGCGACUUGUCUCAUGCUGUGGCUAUUGGGACAUCUCUACCAUGCACUGCUUGAGGCCUAUCUUGACAUUGAGCUCAGACUAAAAGAGCGGCUGAUGAGGCUAAGCAUCGUCUCUCACCUUGUGUUGGCACUGUACUCCAGUGACAGGGGAGACUUUGCGCCAGUUCAACUCUACUUUGAUGUUCAGAGCAUGGUGAAGAAUAUAUACUUCAGUGUUGGAAAGACGAAGUUGGACAAUCCCAACGCGGAUUUCCAUGUCAUUCUGAUGGGCACGGAUGGACUGGAAAAGGUUUUCGGGAUGAUCAGAACAAUGGUUGGAAGCGAUACAAAUCCAGAUCAACUACAACUCACCAAUUGA